AUGCAUACUGCUUCUACAAACAUUUGUGAAAGACUGUGCAAUAAGUCCAUCAGUGACAUUACCUUGCUACUUAAUUACCUUGCCACGGUCAACUGUUCAUGGUAUUAUAACAAAGUGGAAACAACUGGAACAGCAGCAACUCAGCCACGAAGUGGUAGGCCACAUAAAAUGACAGAGCGGGGUCAGCGUAUGCUGAAGCGUACAGCACGCAGAAGUCGCCAACUGUCUGCAGAGUCAAUAGCUAAAGACAUCCAAACUUCUUGUGGCCUUUAGAUGAGUACAACAGUGCAUAGAGAGCUUCAUGGAAUGGGUUUCCAUGGCUGAGCUGCUGCAUCCAAGCCUUACAUCACCAAGUGCAAUGCAAAGCGUUGUAUGCAGUGGUGUUAGGCACGCUGCCACUGGACUCUAG